AUGAUGACCUUAACGAAUAUGCUAUUCAAUUAUUCAGUUCUAUGGCAAACGAGGACCUCCUCCGACCAGGGCAUACUGCCAGACGUGGCUGUCCUCACCAUUGUCAUCGGGGAAUAUGCCAUUGCUGGCGAGAUCAAGGCUGCUCUCAAGGUCUACCAGCACAUGUUAGCCAUCGGUGUCUCCCCCACCUCCCACACUUACACUCUACUCAUCAUGGCCCUUGUAACAGACUCUUCCGAUGUCAAUUAUGUUUGCCUCGCCAAGAAGUAUUUUAUGGAAAUGUUGGAUAAGGGAUUGAAGCCCCAUGAUGUUUCCUAUAUCUCUGUCUUUGAUGCCAUUGCCCGCCGGGAGUCGGUGGAGAAGGCCAGGGAGUUCCUUGAGCAGAUAAAAGCAAAGGGGUUCAGCCUUGAGUCCAAUGUUUUCUACUUUGAUGAAGCCCACCUCACAGAGGCGAUGAAGAUAACAAAGUUGCUCCAUGAUCUCGCCAACAACACGACUGACAAGGAUAUACAAAAGCUGUUCCGCAAGUGGUGCACCAGUGGACAUGGCUUCCAGAAAGAGUCAAUGAAGAUGUACAAGGCUCUGGUGAAGGAUGGUAAUGCAGACGAAGCCAUGGACCUUCUUAUGUUGUUCAUUAAGGGCAUAAAACCGGCCGUCCUAAUCCAUACCUGCGUUAUUGAGACCUACGUCAAUGCUGGCAAGAUCAAGGGUGCUCUUGAGGCUUACAAGGACAUGUUAGCUGCUGGGGUUGCCCCAAACUCCAAAACUUACACAUUUUUAAUCAAGGGACUCACUGCUGACCCCAACUUCUUUGGAGAUGCCAAUAAGUUUUUGCUUGAGAUGAUGGAUAAAGGGAAGCGGCCCAAUGCUUCUACCUACACUGCAGUGAUAGAGGGCUUUGCAAAGCAGCAGGACAAGGCAGCUGAGGAGGAGGGAAAAGAGUUGGUGGAGGUGAUGAUGGGUAAGGGGUUUGUGCCAAACGCAAAGGCUAUGAUGGAGGUUUUAAAGGGAAGACCAACAGCUGUGAUAAGAAGGGUCAUGAACAUUGUCCUUUCUAAGUUGAAGGGCUGA